GUUCUCUGUGAAUUGUUCCAGUCCUCUCCUCAGCGUGGGAACCUCCCAACCUCGGGAAAUAUUUCAGGAUUUAUUAGGAGGCUUUUUUUGCAGCUGAUGCUAGAGGAUGAGAAAGUGACUUUGUUUCUUCAAUCCCCAUGUCCACUGUACAAAGGUAGAAUUAAUGCUACUAGUCAUGUAAUUCAACAUCCAAUGUAUGGAGCUGGGCACAAAUUUCGUACUCUUCAUCUGCCUGUCUCAACAACUCUAGCAGAGGUUCUUGAUCGUGUGUCAGAUACACCCAGUAUCACAGCUAAGCUAAUUAAUGAACAGAAGGAAGAUAAAGAAAAAAAGAACUAUGAAGAAAAAGAAAAAGUUAAAGCAGAAAAUGGAUUUCAGGAUAAUUAUAGUGUUGUUGUUGCUUCUGGUUUGAAAUCUCAGUCAAAAAGAGCUGUUUCAUCCACCCCUCCACGUCCACCAUCAAGGCGAGGAAGAGUGAUGGCAGAUAAAGUAGGUACCUCUUCCACAGGUGGAGAAUCUUCCAGCAAGACCAUUAGUGUUCCAGUUUUUCAUCUAUACCAUAAACUUCUACCAGGCCAACCGUUACCAGCUGAAAUGACACUUGCCCAGCUCCUGACUCUGCUGUAUGACCGUAAACUCCCUCAAGGAUACCGAUCAAUAGAUUUGACAGUUAAGCUUGGUUCGAAAGUCAUCUCAGAUCCAAGUUUAUCAAAAACAGACUCAUUUAAACGUCUUCACACAGAAAAAGAACAUGCAGAUUUACUGGGACCUUGCCCUGAAGAUGAAGCUAUCAGUCCUGGGGAUGAGUGUAUGGAUGCAGUGCUAGAUGAAUCGCUUCUUGAAACCUGUCCCAUCCAGUCUCCACUGCAAGUUUUUGCAGGAAUGGGUGGAUUGGCUCUCAUUGCAGAGAGACUCCCUAUGCUUUAUCCUGACGUAAUUCAGCAAGUGAGCACUCCCGUGGUUACAUCGACCACACAGGAAAAGCAGAAGGACAGUGAUCAGUUUGAAUGGGUUACCAUUGAACAAUCAGGGGAAUUGGUGUAUGAAGCACCAGAAACAAUUGCUGCAGAACCUCCACCGAUCAAGUCAACGGUUCAGACUAUGUCUCCCAUACCUGCACAUUCUUUGGCUGCCUUUGGUUUAUUUCUUCGUCUCCCGGGCUAUGCUGAGGUGCUGCUAAAAGAACGGAAACAUGCUCAGUGUCUGUUGAGAUUGGUGUUGGGAGUUACAGAUGAUGGUGAAGGAAGUCAUAUCCUGCAGUCUCCUUCAGCAAACGUGCUUCCAACUCUGCCCUUCCACGUGUUGCGCAGUUUGUUCAGUACUACACCGCUGACUACUGAUGACGGAGUACUGCUUAGGCGCAUGGCGCUGGAGAUUGGGGCUAUACAUCUUAUCCUUGCUUGUCUGUCUGCUCUAAGCCACCAUGCACCAAGGGUGCCCAGCUCUAGUCCCAACCAGGCAGAGCCACAGGUGUCAAGUACACACAACAGUGCAUCAACAGAAGAACAGCAGUUGUACUGGGCUAAAGGUACAGGCUUUGGAACAGGCUCCACAGCUUCAGGAUGGGAUGUUGAACAAGCCUUGACUAAGCAAAGGCUAGAAGAAGAGCACGUGACCUGCCUUCUACAGGUUCUUGCCAGUUACAUAAAUCCUGCAGGGACUACAUCAAAUGGAGAGACCCACAGUAGCCAUGAGGGGAGAGGACAAAACAGCAGUGCUCUUCCAUCCGUUCUCCUAGAGCUACUCAGUCAGUCUUGCCUCAUUCCAGCAAUGUCGUCAUACCUCCGCAACGAUUCAGGUCUAGAUUUUGCUGAUAAAGGUAAAAGUUAUUUGACUGAUGGACCUAGGUUUAAGGGGAUUAAUACAAGCUUGUAUUUACAAGUGGGAGAGAAGAAAGCAGUAGUAAUAGUAGUCUUUGUAGCUAACAAGGUUUAUGGAGAGAAGGCAGUGAAAGGGAAUCGUGGAAUAACAGGAAAAUCAAGUGCCUUUUAG